ACGUGGUCUAGUUUUGCAGCUCGCUGGGUUUUAAACCGUAACUCAGUUUGUUUUGUUUUGAGCACACUCAGAUAUGCUGUCUACAUAGACAGCUGGCUGUGAUUUGAGACGGCGCCGCUGUUUAUAGGGUCAUCGUGUGUUGUGAGCUCAUGCAGUUGAGUUCACGCGCUGAUCUACUCCAUCCACAUCCUGCGCACCGCGAUCUCUCUCUCUCUCCUUCACCAUCAUCGAUACAGAAGAUUAAACACCUCCUCUGUUUGUUUGCUGUUGCAAUAUUGUGCAUGCAGCGUCAGAACUAGAUUUUCAGCUGCAUUGAAGCCUCCCAGUGAACGGGAUUACGAGGACAUCGGAAGGACGUUUUUAACGUUAUAUUCCAAAUGUUUUGAGUGGAUUUGGUUUCGUCGGAGCGCUUCUGAACCGCAUUCACGGAGUUACAAGCUUUAAGACGCCAGCAGCAGACAAAGCGACAUUUCUGGGCAUGAUGUCCACAUGCCUCUGUGUCCUGGAGCGCAUCCUGUUGUGUUGAGGAUAGACAUCUGCAAUGAAGGAGUUAUCCAAACAAACAUGUAAACCAAACACGCGGAUCUUAUUUCUUUCCCAUCGCCUCGGAUGCAAAUAUUAGCGUUUUUAACGUAAUGCAUUUAAAACGCUGAAGAUUUCAAUAAAACAUGGAGCUAAGAAAAUGGUUCCACGCUUUUCUUUGACUGGGUUGUGCAAUGCUUCCUCCAUCAGAUCAGAGAUGUUUCUUCAAGAUCCAGCUGUCUCGUUUGUUCCUUGAGGACGUUUGAAUUCUGAUUCACUUGUGUUGCUUUAAAGUUUAGUUUUAUUGCUGGUGGGUAGAUGACAGGCAACAUGCAUCUCGGGGUAGAGGAGCCCAUCCGAGAGUGCCAGUAUAAUCAGAUCUGCACACACAACUCCUCACCCAUGGACACUCCACACACCAAGAAGAAGAAGAUCAAAAGGAAAUGGCAGGUUUUUCCUGGCCGAAAUAAGUUUUACUGCAACGGCCGGAUCAUGAUGGCAAAGCAGACUGGGGUCUUCUAUCUCACCAUGGUUCUCAUUUUGGUGACCAGUGGCCUCUUCUUUGCCUUUGACUGCCCAUUCCUGGCAUCAAACCUGACCCCUGCCAUUCCGGCCAUCGGAGGAGUGCUGUUCGUCUUCGUGAUGGGAAUGCUGCUCCGGGCGAGCUUCAGCGACCCGGGCGUCCUGCCCAGGGCUACACCAGAGGAAGCAGCCGACAUUGAGAGGCAGAUAGAUGCAACCAACGGCCCGAGCGGCCCAGGCUACAGACCACCACCCCGAACCAGAGAGGUGGUCAUUAACGGUCAAACAGUCAAGCUAAAAUACUGCUUCACCUGCAAGAUCUUCCGACCGCCGCGGGCCUCCCACUGCAGCCUGUGUGACAACUGCGUGGAGAGAUUUGAUCAUCACUGUCCGUGGGUGGGCAACUGCGUGGGGAGGAGGAACUAUCGCUUCUUCUACCUGUUCAUCCUCUCACUCUCCUUCCUCACCAUCUUCAUCUUCGCCUUCGUCAUCACGCACGUAAUACUGAGAUCCAACAGGACUGGCUUUCUUAGCGCUCUCAAAGACAGCCCUGCUAGUGUUCUGGAAGUGGUGGUGUGCUUUUUCUCCGUCUGGUCCAUCGUGGGACUGUCAGGAUUCCAUACCUACCUGAUCAGCUCCAAUCAGACCACCAAUGAAGACAUCAAAGGUUCAUGGUCAUCCAAACGAGGAAAAGGCAACUACAAUCCCUACAGCUACGGAAACCUCAUCACCAACUGCUGCGCUGCACUGUGUGGACCUCUGCCACCGAGUUUGAUUGACAGAAGAGGUUUUGUCCAACCAGACACUCCGCAGCCUGCGGCCCAGACGAACGGCACCGGUGCCUGCCCCUCCAAUCAAGUCCAGAGUCACAUGUGUGCUCAAGACCAGUGCAUUCAGAGCACCAAAUUCGUUUUGCAGGCCGCCACCAACCCGCUGCUCCACAGUCAGACCAUCAUUCUGGGCGGAGGCGCGCCCCUCCAGGCCAAGACCUCUCUGGGUGGACCGUGCUCCACUCUGGGCCCCUCUCAGCCCUCGCUGCCCUCCUCCAUCCCAGGCCUCAGCUGCGGAGGAGAGCUGAUGGCCCUGCGAGACUCUGAGAUCCACUGUCAUCAUCACCUACACCAUCAACAUUUCAUCAGUCCGGAGGAGACGCCCUCUCCGCCCGCAGCCCUGCCCUGUGCCACCCACUUGGGUCACCACGUUCACCCGGCGCAGCUCUUCGACCCCGCCAGCCAGGACUCGCUCCAUGAAGACUCUGUGCGGGGUUUGGUGAAGCUGAGUUCAGUGUGAGCUGUUUUGAAUGCCGUCCUGCUGAACUGGACCACAAGCCAUACGGUACUUUACACGCAUAUAACAGCCUCUGCCGGACUUUCUGAUAUGUAAAGGAGGCAGCUGCCCCGAACUAUUUCCGGAGUAUCAAGUGAGGACCAAAGCUAGUCUUCCAGCUCUAAAAUUACUCAAACAAGCUAUUAUUAUUAUUUUUUUUAAUGGAAGCUUAUUUCCACUACGGAAUAAAAAUAUUAAAAAAAGGUAACUGCAACCUUUUCUCUCACAAGUCUGACUUUUUUCGUGCAACUGCGACUUUGUAACUCACAAUUUGACUUUUUUUUCUCAGAAUUGCGAGUUUAUAUUUUGCAAUUACGAGAAUAGAUCUCACAAUUCUGACUUUUUUCCUCAGAAUUCUGCAUGUGCAUGUGGUCAGGUCAGGUGUCUAAAAAUGUGAGAAAAAAAUUGCAAGAUGUAAACUCAGAAUUCUGAGAAUUUGUGAGAUCCAAAAUCGCAUCUGCAAGUCUGAAUUGUGAGAUGCAAACUCAGAAUUCUGAGAAAAAAAAAAAAAGGUCAGAAAUGUGAGAUAUAAACUCACAAUUCUAAAAAAUAAAGUCAGAACUAUGGGAUAAAAAUGCGUAAUUCUGAGAAAAGGUUCAGAAUUGUGAAAUACUAAUUCAGAAUUCUGAGGAAAAAAGUUAGAAUUGUGAGAUUUUAAAUUUGUAGUUCUAGAAGAAAAAAAUCUAAAUUGUGAGAUGUAAACGCACAAUUGCAAGUUUAUAACUAACAAUUCUAUAAGAAAAAAGUCGGAAUUGUGAGAUAUAAUCUCAAUUCUAAAAAAAAUCAGAAUUAUAAGAUAUGAUCUCGCAAUUGUAGAAAAAAAUCAGAAUUGUGAGAUGUACACUCACAAUUGCAAGUUUAUAACUAACAAUUCUAUAAGAAAAAAGUCAGAAUUGCGGGAUGUAAUCUCACAAUUCUAAGAAAAAAGUUUGAAUUUUCAGAUAGAAAUUUGUAAUUCUGAAUUCUAAAUUAGAAUUAUGAGAUAUGAACUCGCAAUUCUAAGAUUGUAAGAAAGUCACAAUGACCUUUUUACCUAUUUUGGCAGAAACAAGCUUCCGUAGCCUCUCUAAAAGCAGCUCUAUAGAGCACAGCAGUGGCCACCCACUUUUACGUUCAAGUAUUUUCCCCAUUCAUUUCUCCAUAAAGAUUUCACAAAGUUCUCCAAUAAAGAAAGCAAAGCCUUAAACUAAACCAACCAGCUCUGAUAUGAAUCAUUAUAAACUCAGAUUUGAAGAAAAAAUAUUUUAAAUCUGUAGAGUUACAAGACAGAUUUUCUGAGGUCAUGAACUGCUCAUCCCCCAUGAAGCAUUGUGAAUGGUGCAAUCAAAUAAGAAACUACGGUUCAAUAUAAAACAAUAUAUUUUAAGUAUAUUACAAAAUAUUGUGACUGUCAUUCACAGUGCUGCAUUGCAGUGGUCGAUCGUUGCUGAGCUCUUUUGCAGCGAUUUAUGUUUCCAUAGUAACAAUGAGUCCUCUGAUUGGUUUCUUUCUAGUUAAGAUUAUGGUGUAGGAGAAUGCAGCUAUUAAAAAUAUCUUUUAAAAAAGACCUUGAAAUCACAGACUUAUGGUUUUUAAAGCAGCACAUAUCAUCUCUUAAAGUUCAAAAGCCUCUUAAAAGGUUUAUGUGCUAUUGGGGUUAAAAUUCAAUUAAUUUAUGGAGAAAGUAAAUGGGAUUUUUACUUAUGGAAGCUGACUGUUGUGCUCUAGAAGUGGGCUUUGCUGUUUUUUUUUUUUUUUUUUCAGUCAGCCAAUAAAUGGGAUCAUUUCAUAUGGACAGUGUUCUUGUGUGAUCUGUUCAUUUGUGGUCCUCCAGUAGUAUUACCUGAGCUGGUGAGAUGACAGAGAAUCACUUCAGUGUUCGUCUGUUUGUACAGCCUGUGGUUCAGACUCUCACAGACUCAUCUGUCCCAAAGUCUGACAUGUUUGGUCGUACAGUGAUAGAGACAGACAACUUUAAUGCGACGUCACUGCCUUUAUCUCUCUCUGGGGUUAUGUCGAUGAUAUUAGUGGUAUUAUCUAUGAUAAUUAUGCUUUGGUUAUAUAUUUGGAUAUAUAGUGCAUCAAAUUUAAACCAGGUGCCAACACAUUAUGGUCAUGUGAUUAUGUGCCAAAAAACAGUUUCCUGGUUUAAAGCUACAAAAGUGGAAUAUUGUGGAUGUUAAUAAAUUCACAACUUUUUAAAGAAAAAGCUCUUUGUGAUUGUCUU